AUGCAUCGCUUUUUUGCAGAGCUGGAGCCAUCUCUAUCCGUCACUGAGCAAAACCUGGCAGACCGAGUUCGGUACAUCCUGCGCUCCAACAUAUUUAGUGACGCCGAACUCGAACGACUACGACGUGAGGCUGUUCCCUCAUCGGAUGGAAAUGCUACGGCUGGGAAUGCGGCGCCACUAAUUGCGCAGCAAACUGCAAAUGUGGACGAUGCCGUCAAUAUUCCAUUUGUGGUUGAUUCAGACGAUGAUGGAAUAGUCCCCCACGAACUAGAGAAAAGGAGGAGCAUAUUGGAAGAGUCGAUGCUGGAAACGCGCAGUAUGCCUCUCGAAAAUCGACCGCGACUUCCCCCGCAUACCCCUUAG